AUGCCUUAUUUAGAUCAUCAGGAAUACGACUGGCACCUCCACAAGAGGGCCGUUGCGGACCGAUUUACGCCUAACGAGACACAGCGAGUCACUUUGAUCGUUGGAGCAUCCUAUAUCGUUGCUAUUGCAAUCUUAUGGCACAUUCCCUAUCUCAACCUCGUCUUGUACCCUUUCAAGCUACUCACGGUCGCUUUACACGAGGGAGCUACGAGGAUGUCUGGUGGGAUCCCUUUGAUCACUUUACCGGCCGGUUACCUUGGGAGCAGCUUCAUGGGGGCAUGUAUGAUCGCUUGUGGAUUCAAUACGAAUGCCUCCAAGAUCGCGACUUUGGUAAUGGCCGCAGUCUUCAUACUGGCCUUGUUCUGGUCGAGGCGAAACGUCCUGAGCUGGGUACUUAUAUUAAGUUUUGCUGGUAUCAUUAUCGCCUUUUGGUUUAUCAAGGAAUCCAUUGCCUUGAGAUUCCUUGUCCUAUUUAUAGGCGUGAUGAGUUGCAUGUAUGAUGUUACGGUAGCUUACAAUAUCGGUACGGAUGGCUUUGUAAAAGUAGAACGACAACACCGGGAUGUGAAAGAAAGAAAAAAGUCACAGUGGAAUCGCCGAAUGAACGAUCGAAUUGCCGUAACGACAUGGACCAAAUCCCGACCCUUGGCUCCCGUGUAUUGGAAUAGUUUUUUGAAGACGUCCACCGUAGAGUCUUGGGAAGAGCGUGGAGGAUUUGAUGAUAUAUAA